UGUGAAAUCCAACCGGCUAUCAGAUAAGACAGACACCAUUGUGCACAAGAACCAAACCGAACCCACAGCUCAGUCACAAACCGGCGCUGCUGCUGGUUGGAAUGUAGCCACAUCUAUUGUCAGUGUAUGUGCGGGAAAACGAACGUUCCUACCGCGUCCGAGCAAAGCCGACCAUGUGCCAUUUAUUUUCCACGCGCUAACACUCCGCUCCACCACUGUGCGCCGCGUUUUCGUACGCGUAAAUGAACCAACCACGCCGCCGUAUGCAAAACCAAUUCGCAUCCACACCGUGAAGGUUUGCAAUCAUUCUCGUGGGGUGAUCACAUUCCGACCCGAAACGCUGGGCUGGCGCGUGGUGAGUUUAUCACCGUGCCGCGAGGAUGCAACCAUGGCUGCGGGUGUCGCUGCUGCUGUGCGUCUUCGGGUUCUUCCGGGAGCUGCGCGUUUCCGAACCGUUCGUCACCGAGUUCCUGUCGGGCGAGUGGCGGGACAUCGAGCCGGAGCAGCUGAACCGCGACGUCUACCCGAUCGGCACGUACAGCCAGGUCGCGCUGCUCGUGUUUAUGUUUCUGCUCACGGAUGUCCUCAGAUACAAAUCGAUAAUUGUGUUUUCCGCCUGCUUGGGCAUCGUCAUCUGGUCGCUGCUGCUGUGGACGGAAUCGUUAGCCGCACUGCAGGUCGUGCAAGUGCUGUACGGUGCCUACAUGGCCUCGGAAGUGGCCUACUACACGUACAUCUACGCCAAGAUUAGCCGGGAAAAGUAUCAACAGGUGACUGGCAACACGCGGGCCGCCAUCCUGCUCGGCCGCUUCCUGUCCGGCGUUAUCUCGCAGGUACUCGUUUCCACCGGUGCGAUGAACGUACGCGACCUGAAUUAUAUUACACUCGGCACGCAAGCCGUUUCUCUGCUUUGGUCAUUUUUGCUGCCACCGGUAAAAACCAGUGUUUACUUCUAUGCGCGCGAUGAGGACGCUAAGCCGACCGAUGGAAGGGUGGCCUGUGAUCCUGUACCAACGCCACCGCAGCAGGAACAGGAGCAAAAAGGGCAGGAUCAGUUGGAGCUCCACGGUGACAAUGGAUUGGAUGCUUCCCAGAAGGUUUCCCCGGACCGCACCACCCCAAAUAACGAACCCAACGAAUCCGUCGAAAAUGGCACCGCAACCGCAAAAACCAUCGACGCCCUGCCGAAGGCACGUUUCUCUGCCUCCCGCGCUGUUCGACUGCUCUGGAAGCAUCUCAUCUCCGCCUACCGGCAGCUGCCCGUCGUCCAGUGGAGCCUCUGGUGGGCGCUAGCGAUGGCCGGCUUCAUCCAGGUGCAGGUGUACGUGCAGCUGCUGUGGCACGAGAUCGACCAGCAGCAGGGCACUCUGUUCAACGGCGGGGCCGAGGCACUACUCACCCUGCUCGGUGCGAUGAGUGCCCUGGCGGCAGGUUACAUCGCCAAUCGUAUCUUCGAACAGUGGGCCCUCUGGAUACUGACGGUCUGCUCCGGGCUGCAGGGAGGACUCAUCUUCUACUCCGGCUUUGCCACCAACAUUUGGGUGGCGUACGUGCUUUACAUUCUGUUCGGCACGCUGUACCUGUUUAUGGUCACGAUGGCAAGUGCGAUCGUGGCGAAAUAUCUCGAAGAGGACAGCUUCGGGCUGAUCUUUGGCAUCAACAUGUUCGUGGCGGUCGGUGUGCAGGCACUGCUAACCCUGGCGACGAUCUCGGAGCGCGGCCUGAUGCUUGACCCGCGGGACCAGUUCAAGGUGUACGGUGGCUACUUUUUGGUGCUCUCGAUAAUCUACCUAAUUGCCGCCAUCGCCGCCAGCGUGGCCCGUGUGUGGCAAUUGCGAAGGGAAGCGCAGGCCGCCUCCGCCAAUGCCGGUGUGGAAAGGUCAGUUGCAACAGCGGAACGAUGCGAACCGGCGACCGUAAGUGGUUGAAUGGAAUAAACAAAAAAAAACAAACCGA